GUGAAUCCAAGCACAUGUUUGAUUUAUAACACAUAUACCAUAGUAUUGUUCUGCUCAAAGCAAAUGGCUCUUUCUUACCAGCCUUAGCUCUGUUUCUCGAAUAUCAUUAAAGUGAACUAACUAAUUGAAAUUUUUAUGAUUUGAAUGAGUUAUUUUCCAGAACUAUUGCUGUGGUUUCACAAGAUAGUUCAAGUUUUAAAUUAAUUAUUUCCAAAUUGUAGCCAGUUUUUUUCCAUACUGUUCGUACUUCGUGUAUUCGGUUUCCAUUCCAUUAGGUUCCCAUAUUUCUUGAAUGGACACUCCAGAGUCGAACCAGAUAGCCGACCAAUGCUCUAGCAGCAGCAAUAGCAGUGGUAGCAGUGAAAUCGUGUCUUCAAAUGAACAAAUUCAGGGCAAAAAGAUGCAUUUGUAUGAGACGACAAAUCACACGAACAAAGACGAAGAAGUGGGCGCGUUGUCGUGUUCAGACUUGAAUGACAUCAGUGAUGAUGUGGACACUUCGCAGUCUGAGUUGAUGAGGGAUGAGAACCAGUUGGCUGGUGAAGAGGUAGAUUGUGGCAAACGAGUGUCCAUGGAGUGCAUCAAAGCCUUCCUAAUAAGGAAGUGUGACCAACAACAGGUGAACAGUGACGCGAACAGUGAAAAGAGAACACAGCAGAUAAGUCAACAGGAGGCGGACUGUAUGCACUUGGCCAUGGCAGAGAUAGAGAGUAUCAAGCCGAGGUCCAUUCUACGCAAUUGUGAACUAAAGAUUGUAUCUGGCGUUGAAAACGGUUGUAACCCGGUGUUUGUAUCUGGAAAGAAGACCAACAAGUUCCUAGUGUUCGGUCGCGGCAGUGGUGCUUCUCCUGAGUUCGUGACUCACAGCUGUGGAGUGGUCGGCAGGAGACACUACUGGGGAAGUGUGAGGUACCUGGAAUGGCUGCAGGUGUUCCAAGUCAUACUCAGUGCAGUCGCUUUUCUCUGGGUCGUGUUCUACGACAUGGACCAGCUUCACCUGGACAUGCCAGUAGACGGAUGUCUGGACAUCAAAGUCAAGAUGUUCAGCGCCCUCACUUCGUCCAGUCCGUACAACUACCAGUCUUACUGUGGAGCCCCCCAAGACUCAUCCUCAAUUAGUGAACCACUCAUGAGUUUCAUUGGAGGGGGAGAUGAAGCGACCUCUUCUGAUGUCCUUGGAGACCCCGACUCAUUUCUGUCGAAGGCCAAUGACUUUUUCAAUCAACUCGGACAGAUGACUCCAAAAUAGCUGAUAUUUCUUUGCCUUUGUCUUUUAUGGUUGCUUCGUUGUGAUUAUCGAGUUUUUUUCGCUAAUUCAGCAUUAGAUUUCCA